GGUGGGGGACAAAGGAAGCGGAGUCUGGCAGAGAGCGCGCGGGUGUAGUCAGGAGGAAAUGGUAUGCAGCUCAGCCUGCUCUCUUCCUCCUCCUCCUCCUCCGGGUCCCGUAGCGAUCCUCCUGUCUGUUGCUAUACGCACAGACAGCAGCCCGUUUUAAAGUGAAACACGGAGCUCUGAGGUACUCGUCCUGGACCUCUCUCCUCCCGGCAUGCCCCAGCGAGGCGGCUAAAAACGGUUACCGGCUGACGAUGGCUUCGGUGCGGGCGGUGUGCAAAGUUGCGACGGGACUCGUGGGAAGUGUUCAGACCCUACGCUGCGGUCUCAGACCCGCUCGCCCGGUUACAUUUCUACACCAGGUUCAGCACAGAAGGCCUCCACUUGGAAGUUAUCCAGCUCUUUUCUACGCUACAAAUGCUCCCUCUAGUGCAGCUGCAUCUUUGAAGUACAAACAUGGGCGUUUGGUUCUGGAAGUCCCCUUGCCAUCCAGGAAUGAGAAGUGUCUGUUUUUUUUAAGGCCCAUGUUGAUGAGCGUGGGCGACUUGAUCGGCGAUCUGCAGAAAGAGGACCCAGGAGCUACCGCCUCAGUUCUCUCUAAAGAUGGGGAGCGCAUUGCCAACAGCACGCUGAUCGAUGCCCUGCUGGACAAGGACUUUCAGCUUGUCAUCAACAAUGCAGUUUAUAAUAUCUGCGCUCCUGAAAGGGUGUGUGCAUCUGCUGAGCACGCUAUGGAGCUGGAGGACAUGAAACAUGUCGUGCACCUGCUGCACACGGCGCUCCACCAGCCCGAACACCAGCUGCUGAAGGAGAGGGAGCUCCUGGAGAAACUGGACAACCUCAAACAGGAGCUUUCUCCUCUGGAGAAGAUGAAGGCAGACCUGUCCGGUAAAGCAGACUUCCAGACAUCCAGGGCUCUGUAUGUUGGCCUGGCGCUGCUGUCCGUGCAGGGCGGCGCCCUGGCCUGGCUCACCUGGUGGGUCUAUUCGUGGGACGUCAUGGAGCCCGUCACGUAUUUCAUCACCUACUCGACCAGCAUGGCAGCUUUCGCCUACUAUAUCCUCACCAAACAGGAUUAUGUAUACCCAGACGCCCAGGACAGGCAGUUCCUGCGUUAUUUUUAUAAGGGGGCCAGAAAAAAGAGAUUCAACGUGGAAAAAUACAAUGAACUCAAAGACAAGCUGGCCCAGGUGGAGGAAGACCUGAGGCGUCUGAGAUAUCCAACCCAACUCCAGCUACCAAUUGAACAAAUCCAGCCAAAGCCAUAAAUGAAGCCAAGCCAUGAAUGAUGGUCCCUCAAACUUUAACAGAGGAAAAACAAAACAAAUUUUCCUGCUUUAUUUUGAUAAUAGCAUCUUUUUAUCUCAAAUCCAUGAAAUUGUUUUCUUUAAGUAUUAAUAAUGAUGCCAAUUAUAUAUCAAAAGAAAAAAAAAUAGAACAAAGAUUGACUGCUAAUGAAAUGAAAUGUUUCCCAAACCUCAUUUGAAUCUGGUGUCUUUCUGGUCUGAUUGUGUGAUUGUGAAGCGCUUUGAUUAAAUCUGCAUCGCGGCCGUUACAGGAUUAUUAAAUAAAGAAUGCAAACGCACUUUCUAACACAAAUGCAAUGAAGAUUUUUAUAAAACACCUUUUUAUUGAGGGCAAGUAAAGUAACUAAAGUAUGAGCACAAACAUACAGCAUUGUUGUUUAUUCUGGCGUAUUCACCCACCCACGCCACACACACCCACGCCACACACAGUUUUAGGUCCAAAGUACAACUUUAAAGAACACACCCUCCUCCCUGAGGUACUUUUCACACUGGUAUUGUCGUCUAGGUGCAAAUAUGCAGGAGUAAAUGUACUAUAAAUUACUGACACAUAAAGAACAUGAAAUCCCUUUGUAAAGCAGUAAGGCUUAAGGAAACACACUGUUUAUGUAGUGCUUGGACAGUUUGUUAAAGUGUUGGCUACUUGAGGCUUAUAGUGAGAUAAUGAAACUGAUGAGUAGGAGCAUUCCACCGGAAAAUUCCAGCUAAGAACUAAGAAAUUCCAGUUUUAAGUGGAAUGCACUGCAUGUCGCCUAUUUCUGAAGAUGAACUGGAAAAUAUUUGUCUGGCUGAAAAAAAAAAAUCCUCAAAAACCCGUGAAACAGACUCCCUGAGGUUUCCAGCUCCCACAGACAGCGCUGAGCCGGUGAACACCUCUGUGUACAAGGCCGCUGUAAACGAUGUGCUUUGAACUUGUUAUAAAAGAAGGCAAACUAAACGCACUGCCGUGCAGUAAGGCGUUGUUCUGUACUGCUAAAGUUAUUUCAGUAGUUUUACGAAGCAGCCAAAAAAGACUGAUUCAUAACCAUCAUAAUUUGAAUACAGAUGGGUUGUAAUCCACAUGGACGGGGAUAGAAAAAAAUAACAGGAAUACCAAAUUUAACACAGCUACGCCAUCAGUGGCAGUAUUUAAACGAUGACAGUAGUUUUAAUGUUGCCUGUUUUGGCAAAUUUGUUGCCUUUUACACACCCCUGUCCCCCAGAACAAAACAUCUCUGCUAGUUUUCCUCUGGCCUGUAGUGCCUUUUCUUCAUUUCCAGCUCCAGGCAUGUCUGCCUUCUCUUUUAUAUAAUAAAAUUAAAUGUCAGUUGUCUCAUUAUGCUUAAAGGACUAAAACCACAAAUCACAUUUAAAAACUAUUUUCUUUGUAUGGAAUUAAAUCUGAUCAUCAAAAAAAAUGUGUGGCCAUCUGUCAGUGAAGCUCAGCCAUUAACUUGAACAUCCUGGCAUUCCCACAUGAACUCUUUUUAAUACUCAGGAAAUAAUUCCUGAAAGUGGACAUCUGAGAAAUAUAUUUCUGGGUCCUUAUGUUUUACGAGAUAAGUGCCAUUUAGUUGUGUUAAAUUCAAGCAGAGUGGUCGUUUCAACAGCUGAUAUCACCAAACUCUGUAAUUAAUUCAUUACUAACGCAGUCAAGAUGGAUAGACACAACUACAGGCCUGAGGUAUAUACAACUGAUUUUCAGUUGGAUGUUCUCUAUAAACUCAUUAGAUCUUGUUAUAUUUUGUGUCAUAAGCAGCUUACUCAGACUGGCAACCUGUCCUGGGUGUGCCCUGCCUCUCGACCUAUGGCAGCUGGCCCUGACAACCCUGAAUUGGAUAAACAGGAGAGGAUGGAUGGAUGGAUGGAUGGAUGG